AUGAAACCAUCAUCUGCAUUACAUCUACGUGUAAACAAAUCAAGAAAUCUCAGUACUAAAGCUGAUGCCAUAGUGGCCAGAAAACACACAAAUGAUAAAAAUAAACAGUUAGAAGCUGCAAUAAAUUGGUGCAAAAAAUUUAAUGGAAGGGGACAAGCAGCAUUAAAGACAGGUUUGUUUCCCCUUAUUAAAGAUAGAGAGACAAUCAACAGGCGAUUAGAUGGAAAAGUGAUUAAUGGAAAAGAAAGAGAUUAUUGUACUAUACUUACAGAUGAUGAAGAAGCAUCUAUCGUGCGUUUUAUAAAAAAUAAGAACAGAUGUUUACAGGCAAUUAACAAACAGGACAUAACCAAAUUAAUUAUUAAUGUGCUUCGUGUGAGAGAUUACACUAAUACAAAAAUGAAAGGUGGACGGAAGUUUCAAAAGUUAUCAUUAAAUGCUCGAGCUGCUCUAGAAAAGGGAAAAUUGAGUCGAUCAUUUUGGCUUCGUUUUAAUGCUAAACAUAGCAGCCUUACAAUCAAACGCCAAGGGAGUGUCUUGAUAAACCGUGCACUUAAUUGUUCAAGAGAAAUGGCAUGUAAUCAUUUAGAUUCCCUUGCUAAAGAACUAGUAGAUGUUGGUAUUAUGAUAAAUGAAAAAAUGAUUGAAACAGGGGUUUGGAAUGGCACUGUUGAUACAUGCCGAAUAUUUAACUGUGAUGAAACACCCCAGUUUAUUAAUUAUGGAAUUGAUGGUACCACUUCUGGAUUAUUUUAUGCUGGCAAAGGAGAUGCAUGUCAAAGAAUGUAUAGAGAAAAGAGAGAAUGUGUCACAAUUCAACCAUUUGUUUCAUUUUCAGGUAUGCUAUAA